AUGACUAGAUUAAGCAAAAAAGGAAGAGUAAGAAAUGAUGUUCGUGAAAGCGAAUAUGAUAAUGAGGAAGAAAGUAUUAUUAAAAAUAAUCAAGAAUCUGAACAACUUGGAAAUGGUACACUAAUUUCAAUAGAGCUGGAAAAUUGGAUGAAUAUAAAAGGUCCAACAAAGUAUUGUUUUAACAAUGGAGUCAAUAUUGUAACAGGAUUGAAUGGAAGUGGUAAAAGUAGUGUAGCCUGUGGAAUUGCUGUUUCGUUGGGAUAUGAUACGCAUAUAUUAGCAAGAGGUCAUUACUUAUCUUCUUAUAUUCGCAACGGAAGUACUUCAUGUAAACUAAAUAUAGCAUUAAGGAAUGUAAAAGAGCAAGAAAAUCGUUAUGUAUCCGAAAUUGAAAGAGUUAUCACAAUUGUAGAGUCAAAUAAGACCAAUCGGCUAAAUUCACAAACGGAAAUAAGAUCAAGUUGGAAAUUGAAUGGAAAAAAAUGUUUAGAAAGAGACAUAAUAGCCUUGAGAAAAGGACUAAACAUUCAAUUGGACAAUAUGAUCGCAUUUUUAGCUCAGCAAAGAGUGAGCCAGUUUGCUUCUCAGAGUCCACAAGAGAUAUUCAUUGAUAUUUUAAGAAUAAUCUCAAAUGAUAGUAUAAAAUCUAGAAAUCCACAAAAUGAGAACAAAAGGAUUGAUAUCACAGCAUGUUGGUCUGAAUUUCAGGAGAAUAACUUACUAAGUGUAUAUUAUCAAUUUUUAGAUAUUUUCAAAGAUUCAAAAGAUUGUAAGUUAAGAUUCAAAGAUAACGAAACAAGAUUAUCACAAUUAAGUAAUGAGAUAUCCAAAUCAAAAGAAAAUGAAAUUAAGUAUAUACAAUAUUUGUUACAUAAGAUGGGAAUUUAUUUGAUUCAUUUUUUUCAAUCCUUGAAUGAUAUAGCGAAUGAUAAGGUUAAUCUAAUAAAUUUAAAUGAAAGAAAGAAGAAGGUGAUAAAAGAACUUACUGAAGCUAAAAAGGAGCUCAGAAAGCAAGAAAGUGAGUCUUCAAAAGUUUUUAAAGAACUUGAUUUUGCUAAGAAGAAUAACGAGGAAUUUUUGAAGAACAUUCAGUUUGAAAAGCUGGAUAAACAAUACAAGUCUUUAAUAAAUAAUUUAGAUGGCAUAACGAACAAGUUACAAGAGAAUUAUAGAGAUCCAAAGCUUUUAUUUGAAAGACAUAGAAUUAAAAUUGUUGCAGUUCAGAACAAGAUUACUGAUACUGAGAAUAAAAUUCAGUACUACAUUGAUCAAUUAGAAAAAGAGUGGAAACCAAAGUUAAUCAGAUGCAAAUUAUAUGAAGAAGAUCUUCCUCAAAAUUUUGAUAAAGUAACUGCUGAAAAGAAGAGAAAGAUAUUAGGAGAAAGUAUAAGUGAUAUUUCUUCAAAAAAAGUAUCUGUACAGAAAAACAUUAAAGAAUUUGAGUUUAUGAUAUCAAAACUUAUUGAAAAGAAAAAUUCAAUCAAGUCUAUCAAUUUUUUAAGUAAUAGAGAAAAUAUUCUAAGACAAAAAUAUCUCAGAAACGUUAACCAAAAAGCCUUAUCGGAUUCCAGAAGGGAAAAUAUACUCAAUUAUUUUCAAAAAUUACAUGAACAUUCUCGGUUUGAGAAUUAUUUACCUAAAAAGAAAGUGAUAGGCCCAAUCGGAAGUUAUAUUUCAGUCAAGAAUCUGAAACUCCAAGUAUUAGUUGAAGCAUUUUUACAACAGUUUCACUAUUAUUUUGUUUCAGAAAGAGAAGAUGUUAAGUUAUUAACAGAGAGGUAUCGUUUGAAUGUUUUAACAUUGUCUAACACAAAAACUCCAAUAUACCCAAAGUUGGAUGACGAAUUAAGAAGUCUAGGAAUUACGGGGUUUUUGCAUGAGCACUUGGAAUUUGAGGAUGAGAAUAUGAAAAACAUACUUUAUCAAAUUUCAGCACAGUUUUUUACAUGUGUUAUUAUUGAUAAUCCAUCUUUAACAGAAGAAAUUCAGGAAGAUGAAAUUUUGUAUAAACUUUCUGAUUGGUUCAAAAGAAAAUAUGAUCAGCCUGGAAAUAAGGUUUCAAAUAAUGUCCAUUUGUUUAUUACAAAUCAAAAUGCUGAAGAUAACAUACAUUCAAAAAAUGGAGUUUUAUUUAAAAUUAUCACAUCUAUUUAUAAUCCCAAUUCAAAAACUAUUUCAAUGGUAAAUCUUGGAGAUAAAAUGAAUACGAUAUUAUUGGACAAAGAGAUAAUAAAAGAGGAGAAUUUUGAGAUGGAUCAAAUUAAUCAACAGGAAAAAUCUAUUCAGAAGGAAAUUGAACAAUUAGAAUUAAAAAUCCAAGAAUCUAAUAAAAAACUUGUAGAAUUAAAGGAACAGUAUGAUGGAGAAAUUAUGCUACUAAAUAUGAUUACUGAGUGUAUAAGUAAUAUUCCUUCACUUUAUGAAAUGAUAUCAAAAUUGAAGAAACAAUUAAAUUCUCUUGAAAAAGAUUUGAAAGAAAAUACUUUAAAUGAGUCUGAAAUUAAGAGUAAGAACCAGAAACUCAUUAGAUCUGCAUUUAUGGGUCAAGAUCCAAUGGAUUCAUCGGAAUUUGAUACUUUCCAAACUAGUAUAUUUAAAGAGUUAAGCAAAGUUAAAAUACUAUUUGAAGAAAUUUCCACUCAUGAUUUUUUAAAGAAUAAAGAAUUAAGUGGAAAGGUUUUUGAAUUAAGUACUAACUAUUCCUCCAUUCAGAAAAAAAUUACUCAAAACAAGGAUGAAAUACGACAGUUUGAACUGAAAUUGAAUCAAGUUAAUGGAGAUUAUGAUAAGAUUAUAUCCACUUUGGAAAUGAAGAGAAAAGCUUCAAUAGAUUCUUAUCUACAAUAUUAUUCAACGUAUUGUCAGUACUAUAAGAGACUGAAAUAUAAUGAAUUCAAUAAAGAUUCUAAUCAUAACUCGGAUAAAACAAUUUAUGAGUUUUUUUAUAAGGCUAAUAGAUUUGAGAAUAAUGAGUCCAAGGACCAAUAUGAUACUAUUAACGGCUUGGAUGAUGAUCAAAGUAUUAUAAAUGUACCCGGUGUUGAAUUCUUUUCAUCAAUAAUAAGUGGUAAUAAACCCUUAACAAGUAAUGGUGAGAAAAUACCUUCUUAUUGUAUAGAAAUGAUGAACCAGGUAUCAUCUGAAUUUGGACUCGUUAAAUGUGAUCAUUCACAAUUUGAGGAAAUACUUAAUAAUACAUUCAGAAAUUCAUUAAGCUCAAGUAAUAAUAAUAUUCAAUUGGUUGGUGAAAGAAAGGAAAUGGAGGUGGAUAAUACAGAAAAUGAGGCUAAUGUAGGAAGAAAGGGCUUUAAAAAGGUUUCAAAAAGUAAUCAUUCUAAGAAUUUGACUUUAUUUGAUAUUUUACUUGAAAAUGAAGAGUAUAAUACAAAAUAUAACAAUUUAUUUAACAUAAUAACCGGUUUGGAAGCUAAAACUCACAAUACAAAUCUAGAGAGAAUGGCUGAUUUAGAGCAGGAAUUUGAGAUUUUGAGUAAGGAAAACCAAGAUUUGAAUAAAAGGAUUAGUGAAUAUGAAGAAUUUAUUGGAAAAAACUAUAACAAAUGGCUUGAAAAAUUGAAAAUAAUAGAAGAUGUAACUUCACAUUGCUUUGGAGUUUUUAUGAGAUUUAUUGAUGAUAGACAUAAUGGAAAGAUUAUAAUUCCUUUUAUUAACAAUUUUAUGUUAUUUAUGAGUAAUACAAUGGAUACAAACAAUGAAGCAAUAUUUAAUUACCUUGUUGAAAAUUUUGAAAAUGAUUCCAAAUUAAAUAUAAUGGUCAGAUUUAGUCCUGAUGAAGAUCUUAGAUUGUUUUCCUCAAACUCUAUUUCUGGAGGUGAACAAUCUCUUUGUACUAUUUUGUUUAUACUAUCUUUACAGGCAUUAUGUAAUGGCAAUUCAUUCAAGUUAUUUGAUGAAAUAAACCAAGGAUUAGAUAACUCACGAGAAAUAAAAUUAAUGGAACUUUUGGAUAUAUUAACAAAUAAAGAGAAAACUAAAAAGUUAUUAAAAGUUAAAGAAUCAGAAAUUAAUUACAAAAAAAUAGAGGAAAAGAUAGAAAAAUCAAUUAAUUACAAAGAAAGUCAAAUAAUUAUAAUCACUCCACAUAUUUUUCCAGGAGUAAUAUUUGAAAAUUUUUCAAUACACUUUGUAUUGAAUGGUCCAGGUUUUAUAGUUAAUUAA